AUGGCACCCCUCGUUUUCGUCGUCGGCGGCACCGGUGCCCAGGGCAUCCCCGUCAUCCGUGGCCUCGUCCAGGACGGCGCCUACCGCGUGCGUGCCCUCACGCGGGACCUCAACUCGCCGCGCGCCAAGCAGCUGCUGGCGCUCGGCAACGUCGAGCUCCAGGAGGGCUCCUUUGCCAGCGAGACGGACCUGCGCGCCGGCUUUCGCGGCGCCCAGGCCGCCUUUGUCAACAUUGACGGCUUCAACGCGGGCGAGAAGACGGAGAUGUUCUGGGCCAUGCGGUCGUACGAGGUCGCCCUCGAGGCCGGGCUUGGCUUCUUCGUCUACGGCAACCUCGACUACGUCUAUAAGAAGAGCGGCUACGACGCCCGCUUCCGCACCGGCCACUACGACGGCAAGGGCCGCAUCGGCGAGUGGAUCCGCCUGCAGAACGCCGACAAUGCCGGCCGCAUGAAGGCCGCCAUCUUCACGACGGGCCCCUACAUGGCCAUGGCCAUGGCCGCCUACACGCCCAUGUCGCCGCGCAUCGAGGACGGCGUCGUCACCUGGCGCGUGCCCCUCGGCGACGGUGCCGUCGCCCACGUCGACCUCGACGACUGCGCGCACUACGUCCGCUGGCUCUUCGACCACCAGGACCGCGCCAGCGGCCUCGACCUCGAGGUCGCCAUCGACCUCAUCCCCUACGCCGACCUCGCGCGCGCCUUUGAGACGGUCACCGGCCACCCGGCGCGCUACAUCGACACGUCGCUCGACGACUACUGGUCCGCCAGCGCCAUGGGCGACGGCUCCCGCGCGUCGGCCUACAACUCGGACCUCAGCGAUCCCGCCGCCAUGACGCAGCGCCAGAAUUUUACCGGCUUCUGGACCAUGUGGAAGCACUCGGGCGGCAACAAGGGCGUCGUGCGCCGCGACUUGGCGCUCCUCGACGAGAUCCACCCCGGCCGCGUCAAGACGGCCGAGGAAUUCUUUCGGCGCGAGGACGCCCGGGGGCGCGCCGCGGGCCUCGGGACUCUCUGGUAA